CCAGAAAUUCGCACACUGCGGUCGUCGCCACGGCACGCCACGGUGGGCUACCCCAGCCGGUCAGCGACAGACAGCUCAAGCCCCCUCCACGGUGGGCAUCCGGCAUCUUCUCCCCGCAGCCAUCCUCCGAUUCCGCAUCAUUCCUCUCUCCCCACCGGCUUGCUUUGCUUGCCGGCCGCCGCUGCCUCCUCGGAUUUAAAGCCACCACACCUCCCUCUUCCAACAACAAGGCCCCGGCUACGAUAACUGAGGCGCGACGGCAGGGGCAGGAUGAGCUCCGGCGGCUGCUCGACGUGCCUGGAGAUCAUCUUCGCCGCCGUGCUGCCGCCGCUCGGCGUCUUCUUCCGGUACGGCUGGUGCAGCUCGGAGUUCUUCAUCUCGCUGCCGCUGACGAUGCUCGGCUACGUCCCCGGCAUCAUCUACUCCGUCUACGUCAUCCUGAAGACGCCGCCGGAGCUGCCGAGCAUCGACGGCGACCGGCCCUACUACAUCCUCGCCUGACAAGCGCUCCUUCGUGCACAUGCCGCUGUAGUGGAGCUUGCUGUACUGUCGGUGUCGGCCAUUGUUGGGAUUGUACAUGACUUGUAAGUUGUGCGUAGCCGUAGCUAGUUGUUUGAGGACAAUUCUUUAAUAGCGGUGGUUGUACAUGUAGCGUUCUUUCUUGAUUUGUUGGGCAUGUAUUGGUGUCGUGAUGUAUGAUCGGUUCAUCUGUUGGUUCCCCCACGACAAGAAUCCUGCUGCCGUUGGCUCGCGAGCUAGCGAUUAGUGUA